AUGGCUCCUCAAUCGGCCACCGCCCAGAAACAGGGCAACGAUGCCUGCCGCUGGAUGGUGAUCCUUGGAAUUGGGCUGUUGGCGUUGAUCUUGUUGUCCGUGAAAUACGGCUCCCAAGUCGGCGAUGAUCUAUCGUAUUCCGAUCCUCGUGCUCCUCCAAAAAUUGAUCCGAGCUCGAAAGACAGCCUGUGCACGACAAAGGGAUGCACCGAAGCGGCCAGCCUAAUUAUCCAAAACAUGAACCCGGCCAUCGAUCCGUGCGAGGAUUUCCACGAGUACGCUUGCGGGAAGUAUAACGAGAAGCACCAGGGCGCGUUCUGGAGCGAGCAGGAGGAAAAGAUGUCGCAACAGCUUCUUGAGCUGAUCCUCAACGACAAAUCCGGCAUGCGAGCCGUCGAAAAGGCCCGCUCAUUCUACGAGACCUGCAAAUCCCUCAGCAGUGACACCUUCCAGGCCGAUCUUCACGAAUUUGUGAAAACUCUCGGUGACAUCCCCCUCAUCGGUCAGAAGCGUGGUCCGGAGAUGACGGUGAACCCGAGCUUCACCGAGUUGGUCGUCCACACGGUCCUCUACAGCUAUGAAUACAACUCUCGAGACAAAGGCUCGGAGAACGGGCUGAUCGGGAUUCGGGCUUCUGUGGCGGGAACUUAUAAGGUGCUGUUCAACGAACCUGAGGGCGUUCUCUUCGGCUUCCCUUUCCCGCAAACUCAAAAGCUCACCGAAUCGCUCCUCCGUUCCAAGCUCGAAGAGGCGCUAAAAACAGUCGAAAAACUGGGCUUCAACAUCGCCAAAAGCGGGCGCGAGCAGAUGGUCAACGAGCUCAUCAAGUUUUAUCGGCAACUUGUGCAGAUGUACGAAGAUCGAAGCCACGAGCCGGUCAACCUGACGAUUUCCGAGUUGCGCAGGGCGGCCCCGACGUACGACUGGAAGUACCUGAUCGGCGUGCACUUGCCGGAGACGACGGAGGACACUGAGGUCGAGGUCAACUCGCUGGAGGACAUCAAGGCGCUAUCCAAGAUUUUGCAAGAAGCCCCGCGCGAUGUCCUCCCGAAUUUCCUGUUCCUGAACUGGGCGCGCCAUCUGUCGAAGCGAGACGUGUCUCGUGAGCGGCUUGGAUGCCGGCGCAGGCUGCUCCACUACUUCUCGAAACUCACCGAGCACUUGGCCCUUGGGACGAUCAGGUCGACGAGUGACGUCGAAGACGUUAGGAACAUCGGCAAGGAGAUGCGCCACAUCUUCCACGAGAUUUUUGACGCGAACACCUGGUUGGAGCCGGAGACAAAGACCAAGCUCAAACAAAGGUUCGACGACAUCAAGCAUCGCUACGGCUACAACACCCACGCGCUCGACCGGGAGCUCGUCGAGAAAUUUUAUGACUGGGUGCCCACCCCGGAGAAGUGGAACCACAUGUCGAUGAUGCGCUUUGAGGAGCGAGCGAAUUGGUUUGUCGACAGAAUGGACCUUCUCGGUGAUCUGAACUACGAGCCUGCCCUCGACUUGAACGCGUUCAACCGGAACAACGAGGAGAUCAGUGAUCAUCCCCCUCGCCAUCAUCACCCUCCGUUCUACCAUCCGGCCUGGCCGCUCGAGUUCAACUACGGCGGCAUCGGCGAGAUCAUUGGCCACGAGUUGACGCACACAUUUGAUGACGUCUCCGACAUGCCCCCGGGGAAUGUGGGCAACGACACGGACGAGUACAAGGAAAAAGAGCAGUGCUUCACGGACCAGUUUGGAAACGUCGUCUACUCAAACCCAAGGCUCAAUAUCACCAUUCAGGCCGAUGGUUUCAAACAGCACAAGGAGACGAUCGCCGACAACAACGGGUUACGGGCGACUUGGAGGGCCUACAAGGAGAAACGCCAGAAGCUCUACGGCCGCAACCCCCCGAAGCUGCCUGGCCUUCAGGAGUUCACCAACGAUCAGCUCUUCUUCUUGGCCCAUACCCAGGUGGAAUGUGGUCGCCAGCCCACCAUCUACGCACAAUUCCGAUAUCACUGGAUUGUCGCCGUGCACCCGGUUGGCAACGUUCGCAUCAACGAGAAGCUCAAGAGCUUUGACAGCUUCGCCAACGCCUUCAAGUGCAAGCUGAACUCGACGAUGAACCCGACGAAGCCGGACUGCCGCAUCUGGCGCCACUAUCAU